AUGGCGCUGCCCAUGCGGAACAUCAUGAACCGUCUCCUCAGAUUCAUACAAAAGUUUAAUUCUCCUAGAAGGUUACUCUGUGUCGCAGCCUCUUCGGAAAACAAGGAGUCUUCGGGAAGCAGCCGUGUAUUCUCAGGGAUCCAACCAACUGGGAUUCCCCACCUGGGCAACUACUUGGGUGCUCUGGAAAACUGGGUGGCCCUGCAGAACCAGUACCCUUCAGUGCUCUACAGUAUCGUGGACCUGCACUCCAUCACCCAGCCUCAGGACCCGGCUCAGCUCAGGAGCAACAUCCUGGACAUGGCAGCCAGCCUGCUGGCCUGCGGCAUCGACCCGGAGAGGGCGAUACUCUUCCAGCAGUCUCAGGUUUCUGAACACGCUGAACUCUCUUGGAUCCUCGGCUGUCUGACCAGCAUGCCCCGCCUCCGACACCUACCACAGUGGAAGAUGAAGAGCAAACAAAAGAACGAAGGCAGCGUCGGCCUCUACACGUAUCCCGUCCUGCAGGCUGCUGAUAUUCUCCUCUACAAGUCCACUCACGUCCCGGUUGGAGAGGAUCAGGUCCAACAUUUAGAGCUGGCUCAGGACCUCGCUCGCAUCUUCAACCACCGCUACGGUCACCUGUUUCCUGAACCACGCGCCCUGCUGAGCUCAACUCGAAAGGUCAAAUCCCUCCGUGACCCCUCUGCUAAAAUGUCCAAGUCCGACCCCCAGUCUAUGGCAACCAUCACCAUAACGGACUCUCCUGACGACAUCGCCCUUAAGGUCCGUCGCGCCGUCACAGACUUCACCUCAGAGGUGACCUUUGACCCGGACACUCGGCCAGGUGUGUCCAACCUGGUGACCAUCCACGCCACCAUGGCGAUGAUCAGUGUGGAGGAGGCGGUGUCCAAGGCCAGAGGGCUGGACACGGGGGAGUACAAGGGUCUGGUGACGGAGGCCAUAGUCCAGAGGCUGACCCCCAUCAGGGAGGAGAUUCAGAGGCUGAGAUCGGACCCGGGUCACCUGGAGGAGGUGCUGAGACGGGGGACACGCAGGGCUCGGGAACUGGCUGCACCCGUCCUCACUGAGGUCCGACAGAGAGUGGGCUUCAGCUGAGAGGAAGUGGACAGGAAGUGACUCCUCCGAGGUUACACCAGUGACUGUGCACAUCUAUUCUAGGAUGGAACUUAUGAAAAACACUGGGCUUCAUGGUGGAACACUUCCAUAUUCAUAUCUUGAGGGAUCAAGGGAAAACCUAAUUCAUG